AUGGGCACGCCUCCAGCAAUCCCUAGAAAGAAGGUUACCGUCGCUACACUGCGCAACCUUCACAAGAAGCGUGAGCCCAUCACAGUCAUGACGGCGCAUGACUUCCCCAGCGCCCACGUUGCAGACCAUGCUGGCAUGGAGAUCAUUCUCGUCGGUGACAGCCUUGCCAUGGUUGCCCUUGGCAUGGAAGAUACCAGCGAGGUUCUGGUUGAAGAGAUGUUACUGCAUUGUCGUUCUGUCGCAAGAGCCACCAAGUCCGCUUUUACCGUUGGCGAUUUGCCCAUGGGCAGUUAUGAAAUUGCCCCUGAACAGGCUCUGGAGACUGCCAUCCGCUUCAUCAAGGAAGGCAGAGUCCAGGGUGUCAAACUCGAGGGUGGAAAGGAGAUGGCCCCUACCAUUCGGAAGAUCACCACUGCUGGCAUUCCCGUACUUGCUCAUGUUGGUUUGACACCACAGCGCCAAAACGCCCUCGGGGGGUUCAGAGUCCAGGGCAAGACUUCGGAUGGCGCCAUGAAGGUGCUCGAAGACGCACUUGCCGUGCAAGAAGCUGGCGCAUUCGCAGUUGUCCUCGAAGCUGUUCCUGCAGAGGUUGCUGCGCUCGUCACAGAGAAGCUGGUCAUCCCAACAAUCGGCAUCGGUGCCGGCAACGGCUGCUCUGGACAAGUCUUGGUGCAGGUCGACAUGACAGGCAACUUCCCUCCCGGCCGUUUCUUGCCCAAGUUUGUCAAGAAGUAUGGCGAUGUUUGGGGCGAGAGUCUGAAGGCCAUCGAAGCCUACCGAGACGACGUGAAGAGCAGACAAUACCCUGGCCCUGAACAUACUUAUCCAAUCUCCAAGGAAGAGCUUGAGGCGUUUUCCAGUACGCUAGAGAAGUUGUAG